AUGCAAUUUUCUUUCUUGACAACAGAGUUCCAGAAGCAGGAAGGCAUGAAGACCCAUCAGAAAAACAUGCAGCUUUAUGACACACCCUAUGAACCAGAAGGUAGUGGUAUGGAAUCCGAUUCUGAAAGUGUGGUGAGUCAACGUUUACGAGAAAGCAAAUUGCCACAGGAUGAUGACAGGCCCGCAGAUGAGUAUGAUCAGCCGUGGGAGUGGAAUAAAGUCACAAUCCCAGCUCUGGCAGCCCAAUUUAAUGGAAGUGAGAAACGGCAAGCAUCUCCUUCUUCUUCAAAUGACCAGCGCAGGCAAUUAAGAGCACCUGGAAGAGGCUUUAAACCCAUCAAACAUGGCAGUCCAGAAUUCUGUGGGAUACUAGGAGAAAGAAUAGAUCCAACUGUUCCACUGGAAAAGCAGAUAUGGUAUCAUGGAGCAAUCAGUCGGACAGAUGCAGAAAACCUUUUACGUUUAUGUAAAGAGUGUAGCUACCUUGUAAGAAACAGUCAAACAAGCAAGCACGACUAUUCUCUUUCAUUGAAGUAAGUACUUGUCAGUAAAACAUAGAAAAUGUCAUUUAAAAGCCAUAACUUCUCUGGUGCAAGAAAGUAAAAUUAUUCAGUCUGUUGCUGCACUAAUUCAGCUCUAAAGGGCACCCAGAGGGUUUGAGACUGUCAGCCUACAUGAUGUAUAGUGACAGUUGCUGAAUUAAGACCUUGUAAUUUCGGUAUGUUAAGAGGUUUUUAGUCUUCUUUUGAUGCCCAUUUAACUAA